AUAUUGCAUUCCUUUAAAAUAUUAUCAGCCCUCAGUUGGAGUUUAAUGUCUUUCACGAUCCUUUUGUCUGUAUUCCGUUCCCUUUGAUAGACGAUAUAUUAGGUGUUUUUUAGCCUCGUGUCAUCUUAUAAUUUCUUUUGGUGGUCCCUUAUCUCACCAAAAAAUUAUUACCAGCCCUUUGAGUCAUUUUGUCUCUCUUUUACACCAAAAAAUAAGGCAUCAAUGGCUUUACAAACACAUUUGUUAUGGUCAUUUGUUGUUGUUUUUGUUGUUUCCUUUAGUACUACUUCAUGUUACGGUAGUAGUUUCCAGGAGGUCAACUCACUUCAUAGUUACAUUGACCAUGUUGAUAAAGAGUCUGGCUACAAUUCUAGGGUUUAUCAUUCUUACAUGGACACCACUGAAGGUUUCAAGUCCAUGGAAUUGAUCAGACCAAGAACUCAGCUCUUCAGUUCAAGGAAGAUCAACAAAAUCGCCGGUGGCAUAGCGACAUCAUCAGCUCCGGCCAAAACGAUUAGCGUUGACGAUUUUGGAGCUAAAGGGAACGGUGCUGAUGACACACAGGCAUUUUUGAAGGCAUGGAAGGUAGCUUGUUCUUCCAGUGGAGCAAUAGUUCUUGUGGUGCCGCAGAAAAGCUAUCUUGUUAGGCCAAUUGAAUUCUCAGGCCCCUGCAAAUCUCGACUUACAAUGCAGAUUUAUGGAACCAUAGAAGCAUCAGAAGACCGAUCAAUCUACAAAGACCUAGACCACUGGCUCAUGUUUGACAACGUCGAAAACUUACUAGUUGUCGGUCCCGGAACCAUCAAUGGCAAUGGAAACAUAUGGUGGAAAAACUCAUGCAAAAGAAAGCCUCAGCCCCCUUGCGAUAAACAAGCCCCCACGGCUGUGACCUUCAACGGGUGCAAUAACUUGGUGGUGAAGAAUCUGAAGAUCCAAGACGCUCAACAAAUGCAUGUUAUGUUCCAAAACUGCUUUAAUGUUCAAGCUUCCCUUCUCACAGUAACUGCACCUGAGGAUAGCCCCAAUACUGAUGGAAUUCAUGUUGCAAAUACCCAGAACAUCACUAUCUCGAGCUCGGUUAUAGGAACAGGUGAUGACUGUAUUUCUAUUGUGAGUGGAUCUCAAAGAGUUCAAGCCGAAAACAUAACUUGUGGGCCAGGCCAUGGAAUCAGUAUUGGUAGCUUGGGAAAAGAUGGCACAAAAGACUAUGUUUCAGGAGUACUUGUGAAUGGAGCUAAGCUUUCAGGAACCACCAAUGGACUCAGGAUCAAGACAUGGCAGGGUGGCUUAGGCAGUGCAACCAACAUUGUUUUCCAGAAUGUGCAAAUGAAUAAUGUCACCAACCCCAUCAUAAUCGACCAGAACUACUGUGACCACAAAACCAAAGACUGCAAUCAACAGAAAUCGGCGGUUCAAGUGAAAAAUGUGUUGUACCAAAACAUUAGAGGAACAAGUGUUUCCGGCAACGCGAUAACGGUUAACUGCAGCCAAAGUGUUCCUUGUCAGGGGAUUGUGCUGCAAAAUAUUCAACUGGAGAAUGGAAGAGCUGAAUGCAACAAUGUUCAGCCUGCUUACAAAGGAGUUGUCUCUCCAAGAUGUUAGAAACUAGAGCUCAUAAUU